AUGGAUACCGGAUCUAAGAAAACUGAGACAGGUGCUGGCUCGACAGCUGGUGCCAGUAAACCACCUAGGUCGAAGGGAUACACCAACCCUGCUCUUCAAGCUAUGGGCAUUCCAAGACUCAGGCUGCCAUCCAGGAAUUGGAGUAUCUUUUGGGCCUUGACCCUGACUGUCACAGGUGUGUAUGCUCAUGACAGAUAUCAAAGAAAACAGAUUCGUCAAAAGUGGAAAGAUCGUGUGUCACAUUUGGCAGCUCAGCCUAUGAAUCCUCUUGAACUGCCUCGUAAGGUGACCGUUUAUAUUGCCCCUCCUCCAGCAGACUAUCUUGACUUGGGAUUUGCUCAUUUCCGUCAAUAUAUUAAACCUAUUCUUGUGGCUGCUGCUAUUGACUAUGAGGUCAGAUCCGAGAGCCGUCAAGGUGAAAUUAGAGCCCUAGUUGCUGAGGAGAUCCGUAAUCAACGUCGUUCUGAUGCUGGUUUGCCCACUACUGGUGAACAGAAUGAUGAUCUGGAUGACAUGAUUGCUAGCAAAGUCUAUAGAGAUAACACUGGCGGUGUUAUUUGUGUGGGAAGAGGCGCUUAUAAGGAGUAUAUGAAUGGUUUGCACGAAGGAUGGUUGGGUCCUCUUGAAGCUCCUGUAGAGGAGGUCUCUGAAGCUAGUACCAAUGACCAGCUUCCAUUGUCAGAUUCUGCAGUUAACUCAGCAGAGCUUUCUUCUGGUUCAGAUGCUAAUGCUAAUAGCACUACAGAAGUAACUUCUGCUGAAGCUGCUACUCCAGUUGAGGGCUUGGCCGUUAGCAGUAGAGCAGCCAGUGAAACGGUUUCGUCGCCUUCUAAGGGUGAAGUUCAAACUCUUGAUCAAGCGAAAGAAUCGCUGGAAUCAGUUGAGGAGUUCCCAGAUAGAGAAAGAGAUCUUCAGGAUAUCUACGGACAAUUGCCAGAAAAGAAGGAUGGCGAGGAAGCAGCUGGAUCAGGAGACGCAGAAGGAAGCGAAAAGAAAGAAGAGAAAAAGAAAGUACCCAAGCCAUAUAUCAAGAUUCCCGAGUAUGAGGAUCUUGAGACACCGGCACAGCUAGAAACACUGGCCAAAUUCGAGCCACUGGCGGCCAUCCAUUUCCCACAUUUGCUUGGUUUCAGAAACACACCUAAAAGAAUGUACAGAUUCUUCAAUAGAAGAAAGUUGGCAGAGGAGAUGGGUGAAGCUACAGCGGCGGUUGUAUUUGCUCAAACACGACAAUUCAAACCGCAUGAGGACCAAGAUCUGUUAAAACACGAAGAAAACGAGUGGCCUGCUCAGUGGAAGGCCAAGGGAUUAGAAACCGGUUCUGAGUGGAUGUGGGAUUUCGCAGUUGACGAGCGAAUUGGCAACAAACUGUCAGUCUACGAGUUCCGCGAUAACAACACCACCUCUGACGAGUUUUCCAGCGAUUAA